UUGUCUUUUUUUCCCACCAAAAUGGAGUUAGGCAAGAAUAACAAAAACAGUAAAGAUAGCGAAGUACCCUUACUACCGGUCAGAAGAAAACCGCCGUGGAUGGAGAAAAGACCCUCAUUUACCCUCAAAGUGAAACCUCAAGGGAGUGGAGCAGAUCUGAAACAGGAUGAGUUGGGUGAAGCUGGAGGAUAUAGCCCAACUAAAAGUUAUGGCAGAGCCCAGAAUAUGGACCAGAGUGGAAUGGCAGUUAAGAUCCCCCGGCCCCCCAAGACCCUCAAGCAUAGCAAUACACAACUCAACAGAAAGCAGAGGAAUCUUAACAAAGCUCUAUCUAUGUCUAUGAGGCUGGAGAAGGAGAGCGACUUGCCACAUUAUGAAGCGAUACUCAUUGAUGGUUUCCAGAGAGCAAAACUCUUAAAGAAUGUGCCUCCACUGCCGGAUUCCUGUCUGAAUAAUAUUCUGGCAAAAGUCCCCUCCCAUCUGAAGAGCCUAAACCCAGAGCUGGAGCUUCUGGUUAAAGACAUCAAGGAUGACUAUUUUGGGACUGCUGCAAAAUUAAUCUUGACAUAUACACCCAAAUAUCCAAGGGAAUGUGACAAGGACAAAGUUAGAGAUCUGCCUUCUCACAGACUUGAGUUAGAAAUAGUGCCAAAACCAUGGAACAAUUCAUUUGUCCAAGCCCGACAGAAGAUCAGUAAGAAGCUGCACAGUUUUAAUCCCUGUAUGCGUGAAGUGCUGUGCCUCUGGCAUAUCGCUUACAAAGAUCUUCGAUUAAUAGAUGUGGAGGAUUUCCACAAAAGAGACCAAUCCAUCGAGCUGUCUGAGUUUCAGCACAUUGUCACUCAACAUGUUGGUAAAGCUGAAAAUAUCCUCCUCGAAAGAUGGAUUCCUGAUGUGCAAAGCAUUUACUACAAGGGCUGCAUGCAUAAACUGGUGCCCACAUCUAGAAACUCAGCCAAACUGGAAUCUUUCUUCAACUCUGCAGCUGUGCUAAUGACCCAUCAGCUGCAGAAUCUGGCAAUAGACUCAUUGAGGGACUAUACUCAUCUCAUUACACAAGACCUGCAUUUAAACAGAACUGUGGGGUACCCAGCCUUUGUUCUGCAUCUGGUCUUAGAGGACAGUGAGAUCAAGUUUGAGCCAGAUUUUAAAAUGUAUGAGGAGGCCUUUCUUCAUGUCUAUGACUUAAUGCUCAGCGCCAUCAGCACAAUACAUCGUGUGGAAACCAAACUCUACCCUGAGUGGCCAGGCUCAGAGUUUGGAAACAUCUUGAAACCCAUCAUCCUUCCAGAGAUUGUUCAGGCCCAGCAGGAGGAGGUGCAAAGGGUGCUCUGGGCUGAGUGUGUCAGGCCCAAAGAGUAUGUCCACGAAUUUGAUAAAUAUGCCACACUGGUAUCCAGGCAGGCAGAGAAAGAUUUGGAGCAGUUCCUUAGUGAACAGCACUCUUUCCAAGAUAUCAUGGCCGAGAUGAUGCACUACCAGAAGCUUGCUGAACAGAUUCAGUGCACAACAUGCAAAGUUGUACAGCUUGGAAUGUUUGAGGUUCAUUCCCAUAAGCUCAUCCAUUCUCUUGUGAAGCGUGCUCAGGGGCUCCAGCAAAAACUGGCAGCACGGAUGCUACAGGACCAUCAAGAAAUCAACAAGACACUUUGUAAUGAAUUUAAACAGAUUGCUGAGAAAGCGCUGAGCACACCGCCUGAUACUCAGAAACUUAUGGAGCUCAAGGCCUACGUUAAUACAGUGGUGGCCAAAGAGAUGCCUCUCCUGGAGCAAAGGCUGGCGGACUCCAACAAGCAGUUGUGUUUACUGAUGGACCUUGUCACCCUCUCAUCCCUGGACAUGGAGAUCAACUCACAGACAGUCCAGUGGUUUAAACGCAUGCCAUCAAUAUUUAAGGAACACCAACAGAUAACUGAAGAAAAGUCAGAGCUUUAUCAGACAAACCUAAAGUUGCACAGUGAGUGCUUUGUGGAGGAACUUGAGAGCUACAGUGUACAGUUGGAGGAGUUUCAUGAUUUUGGAGAGCUGUCAGAUCUCAGCACGUAUCUAAAGGAAGCGCAGGACCUCAAUGCCAAACUAGAGCUAGCCAUGGAAAAGAUUAAUAAUUUCAAUCUUGAAGAGGAGGCCUACGGCUGGCCUGUGUCCCAGUAUCCACAGCGUAAAAAGAUCCAGGACAGGUUGACUCCAUUCCUGCGCCUCUAUGAAACAGCCAGCAAUUUCCUAAAUCAACAUGAGCAGUGGCUCUAUGGACCACUCUCCGGUGUGAACCCAGACAAGGUGGAAGGUGAUGUUGGCAACUUUUGGCACACUUUGUACAAGCUGGAGAAAGGCUUUAGUCAGAUACCUAAUGCGCUGGAGAUAGCCACCACUAUAAAGGUUAAGGUAGAAGAUUUCAAGCAGCAUAUUCCCAUGGUGCAGGUACUGUGCAACCCAGGCUUGCGUACACGCCACUGGGAUGCCAUGUCAGAGUUGGCAGGCGUUUCCCUACACCCAGUUGAUGACCAGACAUGUGUGUCUCACUUCCUUUCCUUGCAUCUGGAAGAGCACCUGAGCAGCUUUGAAACCAUCAGUGAGGCUGCUAGCAAGGAGUACUCACUGGAAAAGGCCAUGGAGAAAAUGGCCAGUGAGUGGCAUGACAUGGAGUUCAGCCUCCUGGCCUAUCGAGAAACGGGCACCUACAUCCUGUCGUCUCUGGAUGAAGUGCAGAUGCUGUUGGAUGAUCACAUUGUGAAGGCACAAACCAUGCGGGGCUCACCCUUCAUUAAGCCUUUUGAGGAGGAAAUACGGGAAUGGGAGGACAAACUGCUUCUUCUCCAGGAAAUUCUGGAUGAAUGGUUAAAGGUGCAGUCUACUUGGCUUUACCUGGAGCCCAUAUUUAGCUCCCCAGACAUCGUGACUCAGAUGCCAGAGGAGGGACGUCGUUUCACAUCUGUUGACAAAACAUGGAGAGACACCAUGAAACGAGUUUCCCUGGACAAGCAUGUUAUGGCAGUGACAACUAUCGACAAGAUGCUGGAGAAGCUGAAAAAGUCCAAUGAGCUUUUGGAAAUGAUCCUCAAAGGUCUUAACAACUACUUGGAGAAGAAACGUCUCUAUUUUUCUCGCUUCUUUUUCCUGUCUAAUGAAGAACUGCUGGAAAUUCUUUCUGAGACUAAAGACCCCACAAGGGUGCAGUCUCAUCUGAAGAAGUGCUUUGAAGGCAUUGCAAGUGUGGUGUUCACUGAUGCACUUGAUAUUACCCACAUCAAGAGCAGUGAGGGUGAAACUGUGCAGCUACAGGACAUCAUUUCCACCUCCAAAGCCAGGGGCCAGGUGGAGAUAUGGCUUCGUGAGCUUGAGAGUGGCAUGACCGUCUCCCUGCAUAAGGUAACAUGGGACGCAAUCAAUGCAUACCCCAGUGAGUUGAGGGUCAACUGGGUGCGUGCCUGGCCAGGUCAGACUGUGCUGUGUGUUUCACAAAUCUAUUGGACAAAGGAAAUCCAUGAAGGUAUCAGUUCAGGACAGAAGGCUCUACAAGCUUACCUGGAGCAGAACAACAGGCAGAUCGAUGACAUUGUGGGGCUUGUGCGUGGAAAGCUGUCCAAGCAGAACCGGGUGACACUUGAAGCUCUUGUCGUGCUCGACGUCCACGCCAGGGAUGUUUUAGCCACACUGGUUCAAAAGGGAAUAAGCGAUGAAAAUGACUUCGAGUGGCUCAGCCAGCUGCGCUACUACUGGGUGGAGAACCACCUUCAGACCAAGAUGAUCAAUGCUAGUUUACCUUAUGGCUAUGAAUACCUGGGAAACACAGCACGCCUGGUCAUUACCCCACUCACUGACCGCUGUUACCGCACUUUGUUUGGAGCCCUCCACCUCCAUUUGGGAGGCGCACCUGAGGGCCCAGCUGGUACGGGAAAAACGGAGACGACCAAAGACUUGGCUAAAGCUGUGGCCAAGCAGUGUGUGGUUUUUAACUGCUCAAAUGGACUGGACUACAUAGCUUUAGGCAAAUUCUUCAAAGGCCUUCUGUCUUGUGGAGCUUGGGCCUGCUUUGAUGAGUUUAACCGCAUUGACUUGGAGGUGCUGUCUGUCGUGGCUCAACAGAUUCUCACCAUACAGAGAGGAAUCGCUGUCAAUACCAAAAUGCUGAUGUUUGAGGGGACAGAGCUAAAACUGGACCCCACAUGUGCUGUAUUCAUCACAAUGAAUCCUGGCUAUGCUGGACGCUCAGAGCUACCAGACAAUCUUAAGGCUCUGUUCAGGACGGUUGCGAUGAUGGUGCCAGAUUAUGCCAUGAUCGCAGAGAUUGUGCUCUACUCGUGCGGCUUUGUGACAGCGAGGCCUCUGUCAGUAAAAAUUGUGGUCACUUAUCGACUCUGCUCAGAGCAGCUGUCCUCGCAGCAUCACUACGACUACGGGAUGAGAGCCGUCAAGUCUGUGCUGACCGCUGCUGGAAAUCUCAAGCUGGCUUUUCCAGAUGAAAAUGAAGACACCCUGUUACUGAGAUCCAUUAUUGAUGUCAAUCUGCCCAAGUUCCUGUCCCAGGAUCUGCAGUUAUUUGAGGGUAUCACCUCUGACCUCUUCCCAGGGGUUAAACUUCCAGAACGAGACUAUCACAUUCUCCUGCAGGCCAUUAAGGAAAACUGCAAACACAUGAACCUUCAAGUCACAGAAUUUUUUGUACAGAAAGUCUUGCAAAUCUUUGAGAUGAUGUUAGUAAGACACGGUUUCAUGCUAGUGGGUGAACCAUUUGGAGGAAAAACCAGUGCCUACCGUGUGCUUGCUGCAGCUCUUCAUGAUGUCUAUAAAAAGGGUUUGAUGGAUGAGAACCCGGUACAGAUCACAGUAAUCAACCCAAAAUCCAUUACCAUGGGCCAGCUGUAUGGUCAGUUUGACCCUGUAUCUCAUGAGUGGUCUGAUGGCAUCCUUGCUGUGAGCUAUAAGAGGUUCGCUGCCUCCCAGAGUCCUGACAGGAAAUGGCUGAUCUUUGAUGGCCCGGUGGAUGCUGUGUGGAUUGAGAACAUGAACACAGUUCUCGAUGACAACAAGAAGUUGUGCCUGAUGAGUGGUGAGAUAGUUCAGAUGUCACCACAAAUGAGCCUCAUCUUUGAGCCCAUGGACCUGGAGGUGGCGUCACCUGCAACAGUAUCUCGCUGUGGUAUGAUUUACAUGGAGCCUCAUAUGCUUGGCUGGCGGCCUCUUAUGCUGUCUUGGCUCAGUACCGUCCCAACUGCCGUCAGUGCCACCCACAAAGACCUUAUCACCGCCUUCUUUGACCGCAUACUGCCUCCAUGCCUCCAGCUCAUUCGAAAGGCAACCACGGAGCUGUCCCCGACCUCAGACACCAAUCUAGUGAAGUCCCUGAUGAAUCUGAUGGACUGCAUGAUGGAUGAAUUUCAUGAUGAAGCAAAAAUUAAGAGCAUGAGUGAAACACAUGUUUGUUCCUGGUUGGAGGGCAUUUUCGUGUUCUGCUUGGUGUGGUCAGUGGGGGCCAGCUGUGAUGAUUCAGGUCGGGUCAAGUUUGAUGCACUGGUUAGAGAGCUACUGAAUGGCCCCUUAAGCGAGGAAACCUUGACCUGUCAUGGCAUUCAAGCUGCUGUUGAGGCUCCGCCUAAGCAGCUGACAAUCCCCUUACCCACUGAGGGAACAUUAUACCAGUAUCACUUCAUUAAAGAGGGCCCAGGAAGGUGGGAGCUUUGGACAGAUGAGCUAAAGACUGUUUCCCCCAUAUGCAAGGACAUGCAGUUCAAUCAGAUCAUUGUUCCCACUGAGAAUACUGUGCGCUACAUGGCACUAAUGGAGCUGCUCAUCACUCACCAGAAGCCAACUAUUUUCAUUGGUCCCACUGGUACUGGGAAGAGUGUCUACAUUACAGACUUCCUACUGAACAAGGUGGAGAAGAAUGUGUACAGCCCAUUAUUUAUCAACUUUUCAGCCCAGACUACAGCCGCCCAGACCCAAAACAUUAUCAUGUCAAAGUUAGAUAAACGACACAAAGAAGUAUUUGGGCCUCCUGUGGGGAAAAAAAUGGUGGUAUUUGUAGAUGAUGUUAACAUGCCAGCCAGGGAGGUUUAUGGUGCCCAACCCCCUGUGGAGCUUCUGCGUCAGUGGCUUGACCACUGGAACUGGUAUGACAUGAAGAACUGCUCAGUGAUUAACCUAGUGGAUAUCCAGAUCAUAUGCGCUAUGGGGCCACCUGGUGGAGGGCGUAACCCUGUCACACCUCGGUACCUGCGCCACUUCAACAUGGUCACUAUUAAUGAUUUUGAUGAGAAGACCAUGCAUGCAAUCUUCUCCAGGAUCAUAGAUUGGCAUUUCACCAUCCGGUUUUCUUUCCCCAAGCCAUUUGCUGCUCUGAACUCUCAGAUUGUUAGUAGCACCAUGUCAGUGUACCAGGAGGCCACUAAAAACCUUCUACCAACCCCUGCAAAGUCCCAUUACUUGUUCAAUCUGCGUGAUGUCUCCCGGGUCAUCCAGGGCAUCUGCCUGUCCCGACCAGAGACUGUAGAUGAACCAUCUGUCAUCAAACGCCUUUGGGUCCAUGAGGUCCUGAGAGUAUACUAUGAUCGUCUGGUCCAUGACGCUGAUCGGUCCUGGCUAGUGAGCUGUUUAAAGGACGUGUGUCAGAAUGACAUGAAAGAAAACUUCCAUAAACUUUUCGAACAUUUGGACGCAGACCAUGAUGGGAACGUGACAGAAGAUGACCUGCGCAGCCUCAUGUUCUGUGAUUUCCAUGACCCCAAGGGUGAAGACCGUGACUACCGUGAAAUCAACAACCUUGACCAUCUACAUCACGUGGUGGAGAUGCACCUUGAAGAGUUCAAUAACACCUCUAAGGUGCCCAUGAACCUGGUGCUGUUCCGUUUUGCAAUUGAGCAUGUUUGCCGCAUUUCCCGCAUCCUCAAGCAGCCAAGUGGACAUGCCCUGUUGGUGGGGAUGGGCGGGAGUGGGCGACAGUCUCUUACCCGCUUGGCCUCCUACAUGGCAGAGGCAGAGCUCUUCCAGGUGGAAAUCUCAAAGACUUAUGGAACCACUGACUGGCAUGAUGACCUGAAGUUAAUCUUGAGGAAGUCCACACUGGGUGAAACUCUCGGCGUGUUCCUCUUCACUGACACACAAAUAAAAAAGGAAUCAUUCUUGGAAGACAUUGGUAACCUGCUGAACACUGGUGAGGUGCCUAACCUGUUUACAGUUGAAGAGAAGCAGGAAAUCUGUGAGAAGAUGCGUGUUCUGGACCGGCAGCGUGAUCGAGACAAACAGACAGACGGCAGCAACUUGUCUCUUUUUAACAUGUUUUUAGAACGUUGUCGUACACAGCUGCAUGUGGUGUUGGCCAUGAGUCCCGUCGGAGAUGCCUUUAGGAACCGCUUGAGACAGUUCCCUGCCCUCAUUAAUUGCUGCACCAUUAACUGGUUUCAGAGCUGGCCCGAGGAUGCCCUGCAAGCAGUGGCCUGCCGCUUCCUGGAGGAUGUUGAGAUGACAGAUCGUGACCGAGAAGGCUGCAUAAACAUGUGCAAAAGCUUCCACACCACAACCAUUGAGCUGUCAGCUCGUUUUUUGGCUGAAUUGCAGCGCCACAACUAUGUUACCCCAACCUCAUACCUAGAGCUUAUUUCCACCUUUAAAGCAUUGCUGAAGACAAAAAGAGAGGAGCUAAUGAAGCUAAAAUGUCGUUAUGAAGUUGGUCUUGAAAAGCUGGAGUCAGCAGCAAAGGAGGUAACUACUAUGCAAGCUGAACUGGAGGCUUUACAGCCACAGCUGCUUGUGGCCAGCAAACAAAUAGAUGUGACACUGGUGGCCAUUGAAAAGGAAUCUCGGGAUGUAGCUGACAUAGAGAAGGUGGUGAAGAUGGAUGAGGCUGUCGCAAACGAACAAGCCAUGGCUGCAAAAGCCAUCAAGGAUGAAUGUGAUGCUGACCUGGCUGAAGCCACACCCAUCCUGAAUGCAGCUCUGGCUGCGUUAAAUACUCUUACCACUCAGGAUAUCACAGUGGUAAAGUCCAUGAAAAGCCCACCCACAGCUGUCAAGCUAGUUAUGGAGGCGAUCUGCAUUCUCAAAGGUGUCAAACCGGAUCGUGUGCCGGACCCCUCUGGCUCUGGCAAAAAAGUGGAGGACUUUUGGGGCCCAGCCAAAAAGCUUCUGGGAGACUUAAGGUUUCUCCAGAGCCUCCAUGAGUAUGAUAAGGACAACAUCCCACCAAACCUCAUCGCCAUCAUCCGCAAUAAGUACAUCACAAACCCAGACUUUGUACCGGAGAAGAUAAGAACUGCAUCUAAUGCUGCAGAGGGGCUGUGUAAAUGGGUCUGUGCCAUGGACAAGUAUGAAAAAGUGGCCAAGGUGGUGGCUCCAAAGAAGAAGAAGCUUGAACAGGCUGAGGAAGAGCUAAAGGUGGCCACAAAGGCCUUGCAGAAAAAGCAGGCUGCCCUCAAAGAAGUCCAAGAUAAAUUUGCAAAGCUUCAGGAGACUUUGGAAGCAAAUAAAAACAAAAAAGCUGAUUUGGAGAAUCAGGUUGAUCUGUGCAGUAAGAAACUAAAGAGAGCUGAGCAGCUGAUUGGAGGCUUGGGAGGUGAGAAGACUCGCUGGAGUGAAACGGCCUUAAAUCUUGGACAACUCUACAAUAAUCUGACUGGUGACAUCCUCAUCUCAGCAGGAAUAGUGGCUUACCUGGGAGCUUUUACUUCCAGCUACAGACAAAUUCAGACAGAAAGGUGGAUGGAUCUUUGCAAAAGAGAAGAGAUCCCAUGCUCCACUAACAGGUCUCUCAUGAGCUCACUGGGUGAUCCUAUAAAGAUUCGUGCAUGGACCAUAGCUGGCCUGCCAUCUGAUAGCUUUUCUAGAGACAAUGGCGUCAUAAUUUCAAAUGCCAGGCGAUGGCCUCUUAUGAUCGAUCCUCAAGGCCAGGCCAACAAGUGGGUAAAAAACAUGGAAAAAGCCAAUAACCUACAUAUAAUCAAGCUGAGCGAUGCUGACUUUGUGCGCACUCUGGAGAAUUGCAUUCAGUUUGGUACUCCAGUGCUGCUGGAGAAUGUAGGUGAGGAGCUAGACCCAGUCCUGGAGCCUCUGCUGCUCAAACAAACCUUUAAACAGGGUGGUGCAAUGUGUAUCCGCCUGGGAGACUCAACUAUUGAAUAUGCUCCAGAGUUCCGCUUCUAUAUCACUACAAAGCUUCGGAACCCCCACUACCUGCCUGAGACAUCAGUCAAGGUGACCUUGGUAAACUUCAUGAUCACCCCACAAGGCAUCCAGGAUCAGCUGCUGGGCAUUGUGGUGGCCCGGGAGAGGCCUGACCUGGAAGAAGAAAAGCAGGCUCUCAUUCUACAGGGAGCAGAAAACAAGAAACAGUUGAAGGAAAUUGAAGACAAAAUCUUAGAGGGGCUCUCCUCCUGUAAGGGCAACAUUCUGGAGGACGAGACGACCGUCAACACCCUCUCCUGUUCCAAAGUUCUCGCUAAUGAAAUUGCAGAGAAGCAGGCUGUGGCUGAAAAGACAGAGCAAAAGAUUGACAAGACUCGCAUGGGUUACACACCCAUUGCAGUGCAUUCCUCCAUCUUGUUCUUCUCUAUUGCUGACCUGGCUAACAUAGAGCCAAUGUACCAAUACUCCCUCACCUGGUUUAUUAACCUGUUCAUUAGCUCCAUUGAUGGAUCAGAAAAGAGAGAUGUCUUGGAAGAGAGACUCCAGAUCCUGCAAAACCAUUUUACCUACACACUAUAUGCCAAUGUGUGUCGCUCACUUUUUGAGAAGGAUAAGCUGCUCUUUUCCUUCUGCCUCAGUGUCAGUCUGCUCAUGCACAACAAGCUGGUGGAUGAGGGAGAGUGGCGCUUCCUUCUAACAGGAGGUGUCGGCUUGGACAACCCCCACUCUAACCCUUGCACCUGGCUCCCCAAGAAGUCUUGGGAUGAGAUAUGCCGCUUGGAUGAGAUGAAAAGUUUCAAAAAUUUCCGUCAUGAUAUGACCCAACUCAGAAAUGAGUGGAAGCAGGUCUAUGACAGCCCAAACCCUCAUCAGACUCCAUUCCCUGGUGGGUGGCAGGAGAAGCUGAGCCAGUUUCAGAAGAUGCUAGUGGUUCGUUGUCUCAGAUCAGACAAGAUUAUUCCCAUGGUGCAGCAGUUUGUUUCAGACACGUUGGGUCGUCGCUUCAUUGAAGCGCCACCAUUUAACCUGAGCGAGGUGUUUGUUGAUAGCCACUGCUGUGCUCCCCUUAUCUUCAUCCUCUCCACUGGCUCAGAUCCCAUGGCUGCUCUGCUCAAGUUUGGAGAUGAAAAGGGUUUUACAGGUAACAAGCUGACCUCCCUUUCUCUUGGCCAAGGCCAAGGUCCUAUUGCUAUGCAAAUGAUAAAAACAGGCAUUACAGAGGGCACAUGGAUCGUUCUGCAGAACUGCCACUUGGCCACUUCAUGGAUGCCGACACUGGAGAAAGUUUGUGAGGAGCUGAACCCAGAUACCACCCACCCAGACUUCAGACUUUGGCUGACUAGCUAUCCAUCUCCCACAUUCCCUGUGGCAGUGCUUCAGAAUGGGGUGAAGAUGACCAACGAAGCUCCAAAGGGUCUCCGCUCCAACAUCGCACGCUCCUUCUUAAUGGACCCCAUUUCUGACCCAGAGUUUUUUGACAGCUCUAGCAAGCCGGUUGUGUUUAAGAAACUGUUGUACGGCCUGUGUUUCUUCCACGCCCUGACCCAGGAGAGGAGAAAGUUUGGACCUUUAGGCUGGAACAUUCCUUAUGAAUUCAAUGAGACCGACCUCCGGAUUUCUGUUCAGCAGCUACACAUGUUCUUGGAGCAGUACCAGGAAGUUCCAUUUGAUGCCCUGCGCUACAUGACUGGAGAGUGCAACUAUGGAGGGCGUGUGACAGAUGAUUGGGACAGACGUACCCUUUGCACCAUCCUCUCAAUAUUUUAUACCUCAAAAAUCAUUGAGGUCUCUGACUACAAGUUUGAUCCAAGUGGGCUUUACUACGCCCCAGCUGAGGGAUCGUACGACAGCUACUUGGAAUUUACAAAGUCGCUUCCUCUCAACCCAUCACCAGAGAUUUUUGGCAUGAACGCAAAUGCAGAUAUCACCAAGGAUCAAGCGGAAACGCAGCUCUUGUUUGACAGCAUCUUGCUCACACAGUCCCGCUCCUCAGGCGGAGAUGCAAGAUCCUCUGAUGACAUGGUCUUUGAUGUGGCAGCUGACAUCCUGAGUAAGCUGCCUGCAGACUUUAAUUUAGAGGCAGUGAUGAGGCGCUUUCCCACCAGCUACAAUCAGAGCAUGAACACGGUGCUGGUGCAGGAGAUGGGUCGCUUCAACAACUUGCUCUGCACCAUCCGAGACUCCUGCGUCAACAUUCAGAAAGCCAUAAAGGGCCUGGUAGUGAUGUCUGCAGAGUUGGAGGAGGUGGUCAGCAGCAUCUUGACUGGCCGCAUCCCAGGCAUGUGGAUGAAGAAGUCCUACACCAGUCUCAAACCACUGGGAAGCUACAUCAACGACUUCCUUGAAAGACUUCAGUUUUUACAGGGCUGGUAUGAGGAUGGCACGCCGGCUGUUUUCUGGAUAUCUGGAUUCUUCUUCACCCAGGCCUUCCUCACAGGCAGCCAGCAGAACUAUGCCAGGAAAUACACCAUCCCCAUCGACCAGCUGGGCUUUGACUUUGAGGUGCUGGAUGACAGACAAUACAAACGGCCACCAGACGACGGGGUCUACAUCAGAGGUCUGUUCCUCGAUGGGGCUCGCUGGAACAGAAAGACCAAACUUCUUGCAGAGUCCUACCCCAAAGUGCUGCACGAUCCAAUGCCUGUGAUGUGGCUGAGGCCAAUGAAGCGACAGGAUAUUCCUCAGAGAAUGUGCUACGUGGCACCUGUCUACAAGACGAGCGAGCGUCGAGGCACCCUCUCCACCACUGGACACUCCACCAAUUAUGUCAUCGCCAUGACACUCAACUCCGACAUCUCAGCUGAGCACUGGAUCAGACGAGGAGUUGCUCUGCUCUGCCAGCUCAGCUCUUAGUUCCUGCUUGGUUUGAAGCUCCAAUAUGCUAUUAAAAAGAAUGCAAAGUGCACACACACAUGCAGACUUCUCUGGUCUUUCCGUGCAGAAUUCUAAACACUGACAAGAAUGCAACACAGGUAGAUGAUACAAAUAACUUCAUGAUACACUGUCAGCAAACUGCAGCAUGACGGUUAUAACACAGCAACCCUGCUGUGCUUCCUGUAUUUUGUUUGUAGAUGGAAGCUUCUUUCAAAGAGGUUUAGCUUGAUCUAUGGCUGGGCGAUUAAUCCAUAAAAUCAAUAAAUCGAAUUUUCCAUUUCUGAUGAUUAUUUAUAUUAAAAUCUGUGUUUUUUUCCUUAGUAUUAAGUCAUUGGAAAUGAAUGCACAUAAUUUCAGAGUUUGCAUCCGUAAAUCCAGCUUGUCAUCCUUUAAAAAACAUUUU